CGCGCGCUGUCAGCGGCUCAGCUGUUGAGGUCAGAUUGUGUGGGGAGGCGGGAGGUGGCUCAGUGUGUGUGUGAUCGCAGCCUGAUUAACACGCCGUCCUCAGCCUCCUCCUGAACACACACUCCCCAACUUCUAAACUUUGCAUCCACAAACUCUCCGACAUGGACCUGGACCCCGCCGUCAUCAUCCCCGCCAUCCUCUUCACCGUCGUUGCCAUUUAUUUCGCUACGUCGCUCCUCAGCAGGAAGCUCGACCCCUCCUCCUCCUCCUCUGCCGGCAGCAAGAAGUCCAAACUCGGAUACGAAGAUGACCUUCCUCCGCAAGGAGCUCCGGGAGAAGAGCCUGAAGCCUUCCCGCAACCAGAGCCUCCAGCUCCGGCUGUGGAGGACAUCGGAGCGGCGGAGAAGAUCCAGAACGUCCCAAAACUUCAGGCUUUCCCAGAACCGGUAAAAAUAACAGAAGCUGAGCCAGAAGCAGAAGAAGUUCUAAAGGAGGUCACGGAGCCCAUCUCAGCACAAGAACCUGUAGCAGAACCAGUAAAGGUACCACAGACUAGAGCAGAGGGACCAGCACCAGAAGCAGUCCCCGAACCAUUAAAAGAGCCUGAACUUGUUCCAGAACCAGUCAUAUCAGAACUGGUCUCUGAAGCUGUGUCAACUCCAGAACCGGUUCUAGAACCAGAUGAAGUAGCAGCAGUUUCUGAAUCCACGCCAGAGUCUGAAUCAGGCCCAGAGCAAGCUGCAGCCUCAGAACCUGUCCCAGAGUCCAAGCCUGUAGCAGAGCCUUUAUCAGAACCACCUGGAUCUGCCCUAGAACCUGUCACUGAUCCAGAGCCUGCACUUGUGCCUGAAGAGGUAUCAGAGGUGGUCCAGAAGUCAGUGUCUGAACCUGAAGAAUUGAUUGAGCAGAUGCCGGGACCCAGUGAAGGUUUUGCAGAGGCUUCGACUGAGCGGGAGCCAGAACCUGAACCAGAGACCAUUUUGGACGAUGAUGUGGCUGCAGGUGAUGAUGAUGAUGAUGUGGUGAGCUUCACUGCGGGAAUCAAACAGAGCAAGCUGGCGGUGCUGAUGACCCAGGAGGAUAUGGAGGAGGAGCAGAGAGUGCAACAGGAGCAGCUGGCGGCCAUCUUCCAACUGCUGAAGGAGAACCAGGGGGCUCUAGGGGCGCUGACGGAGGGCGAGAUGGAGGAGCAGCUGAAGCUGUACUCCCUCUGAGACACGAGGACCGAGACGCUAUCAGUCCGUCCACUCAGGAAGUGCACCCUCAUCAUCACCACCACAGUCAUCAUCACCACCACCGUCAUCAUCACCACCACUGUCAUCAUCACCACCACUGUCAUUAUCACCACCACCGUCAUCAUCACCACCACUGUCAUCACCGUCAUGUCCGAUUCUCCACAGCUGGGUGUAAAAAGCUGUCCUGUUGUGGUGUUAGACACUCAAAUACACUCCAACCUGCAGCUCGCCAUGUGUCAGACUGACAACGGUGACAUCACUUCCUGCCAAAGUCAUUUGUUUUUUAGGCUAAAUUGUAGUAGCACUUUAAACAGCUAAGCUAAUAGAAGCUAACAGGCUGCAGCUGCGUAUUUGCGGCACAGAGAGCGAUGCUUCAUCUCCAGAGAGUGGGAUGAGUUCAGACUUUUACAAAUAAAUUAGGAUUCAUGUGAAGGUUUGAGGGCCCAUUAUUGACAUUCCUUACCAAUUUUUCCCACAAAUUAUUAUUAUUAUUGAUUAAUAAUUUAUUUAUAUAACAUUUUUUUUGCAUGAUUUUUUCUUUUUUGAUGUUUUCUCUAUUGGUAUUGAUGUUUUAUUUUAUUAUAUAUCCAACACAUUUACAUCAUUUUUCAAAUUGACAGAUUAACAAUAUUAUUUUUAUUAGUUUUAAUAAUGACAAUAAUGUACCACAAAUUAG